AUGAGACAGCGUUUGACUCACUGCUGCGCGGCGGUGAAUUUCAGACCGACUCGAUCCGCCCGGGCGUCGCUUUCUAACGGCCGCCCGCUCCGCGACCCCCUCGGGGUCGGAGCCCCGCGGCAGCCAUGCGUACGCGCGGCGGCGGUGCCGCCCGGUCCCGCAGCGCCGGGCUCCCUGGGGCCGGGCAGGUGCGCGCUGCGGCUGCCCGCCGCCUCCCGCGCAGGUAGGGCAGAGCCGCGCGCGCGUGUGCCUGCGCGCGUCCGCGGGGCCGCCCGCCUGCGUGCCGCCGAGCCGCAACGGCGGAGGGGCCCCGGGGGGCGGCGCGGGGCCGCUGACGGCGCCGCGGGGAGCGGAGGCGGCGGCGGGGGCGCCCCGCGGAGCCGGCGCGCAGCCCCGGGCAGCGGCGAGGCGGCGGCGCGGCGCGGCUCUCUCGUUGCAGGCGGCGGCGGCGGCGCCCCGGAUGCCCGCGGCGGGCAGAAGAUGUGUCAUGGCAAGCAGGCGAGCGGCGGCGGUGCCCUCCCGGCGGCGAGGCGGCGGGCGCUGGCCGCCGCGCUCUGGCUGCGGCUGGCGCUGAGCCUCGGCCCGGGUCCGGCGGCGGGCGGGUUUGAUGACCUACAUGCUUGUGCGGAUCCUGGAGCUCCUGAACAUGGAUACAAGACACCCAGUGCAGGUGUUUUCUUUGAAAGCGUGGUAGUCCGGUUUCAUUGCCAAGAAGGAUACAGGCUUAAUGGUACUUCAAAAAAACUUUGUGUGAGACACUUUAAUGGCUCCCUGAGCUGGAAACCAAGUGAUAAACCUGUGUGCCUACAAGAAGUCACAGAUUGCCUUGUUCCACAUGUUGAAGAUGCAGAGAUUCAUAACAAGACUUACAGGACUGGAGAUAAGUUAAUAAUCAGCUGUCAUGAAGGAUUCCAGAUCCGUUACCCUGACUUAGACAACAUGGUUUCAAUUUGUCAAGACGAUGGAACUUGGGAUAAUCUGCCCAUUUGUCAAGGUUGCCUGAGGCCAUUGGUUCUUCCUCAUAGUUACAUUAACAUAUCUGAGUUCGAGUCCUCCUUCUCAGUAGGAACAGUGGUGUAUUAUCAAUGCUUUCCUGGAUAUAAACUAGAAGGGGCAGAGUUCCUUGAGUGCAUGUAUAACCUUAUCUGGUCAGAUAGCCCACCUAGGUGCCUUGAUGUGGAAGUUUGUCCGCUACCUCCAAUGGUCAGCCAUGGAGACUACAUCUGCCAUCCGCGGCCUUGCGAGCGCUACAACCACGGGACAGUGGUAGAGUUCUACUGUGACCCCGGAUACACCCUCACCAAUGACUACAAAUACAUCACCUGCCAGUACGGAGAGUGGUUCCCCUCCUACCAAGUCUACUGUGUCAAAACAGAACAAACCUGGCCAAAUACACAGGAGACCCUCCUGACUACAUGGAAAAUAGUGGCAUUUACUGCUACCAGUGUUUUAUUAGUACUUCUACUGGUCAUUUUAGCCAGAAUGUUCCAGACCAAAUUUAAGACACAUUUCCUUCCAAGAGGCAACCAGGAGGGCUCUGUGGGUGACCCCGACUUCGUGGUAGUGGAUGGUGUUCCUGUCAUGCUGCCUUCCUACGAUGAAGCUGUAAGCAGCAGCCUGAAUGCUCUGGCACCUGGAUACUCAGCCACAGUGGACCAGGGGCAUAUUUUGCAGACAGAAGAUCAAAGUCCUCCUGCUUAUCCUGGCCCCAGGAUUACAGACAUGCUGCCAAGUGAAUUCGAGAGCUGUGAGAGUCAAUCAGGCUCCUCUGAACUGCUCCAAAGCUUGUACUCACCCCCGGUGUGCCAAGCAGCAGUGCUUGCCAGCUCAGAUCGAACUGAUGCAUCCCGGAGCACUGCUGGGGAGGCUGUGUCCACGAGCCCACGGAUUGAUAUUACAGAUGAGAUUCCUUUGAUGGAAGAAGACCCUUAGCCUGCAUGGAGACAUGUCAUCAUUACAUUGCACUGUUGGGUGACAUGAAUCCUGAGCACUCAGAGAUAGAAAAGACUAUCUGUGGAUCUGGGGAGGGUACUUAACAAUCUUCCACACGAUGAUGUCACCAGAUUGUGUGUACAUCUUAAUCCACAGUGGAGAUAACAGCAUCAGCACUUGGAACAGCAAUUUUAUGAAUGAAUCCUGGGGAUUUGAUGAGAGCAGAUGUAGAAAAAGAACUGUGGCUUUUUAGAAAUGAAAUGUAUAUCUGCAUCGCAGAAAGUCAUAUGGUUCUGUAGAAAUACUGUUGGAUUUUGAUACUAACUGCCUCACAAAAGCAUGUCAAAGUAUGUAAAUUUGCUUAUAAAGACUGCUUUGAAUGAUCUGUGGAUCUCUAGUUUAUGAAGAAUCCUUUCAAACUUACAAACCAAAAACAAAAAGAAAACCCUAGUCCUGAAACACACACGCAAAAGAGGGAAGAUCCUCUUUGACUUUCCUAUGUAAAUCAGAAAGCUUAUGGUUUGGUUGUUGGUUAUUUUGUUUCAUACCAUGUCUGCAGAAAACAAUGGGAU